AUUCGAUUUAUAUAUCAAAAUUGUUUCAUUAAAGUAUUUCAUAACUAUGUAAUUUAAUACCCCCGCACCGCUUAUAAUAUAUAGCGGCAAACGGUAGCUAACACCCGAUACAAUGGCUGAUGUGGAGGAAGAAGAAGCCCCUAGAGACGUUGAUGAUGUGCAAAAUGAAGGACAGGAAGCCGCCGAAGAUCUUGAGGGAGAGAGCGAAGACGACGAACAGGACGUUGAAGUGGAAGAUGAGUUCGAGGUGGAGGAGAAGGAUCCCUUUGAGCUCCUCAAUGAGAGCGAUGAGGACGAUGAAGAGCAGCAGGCAAUGUACAAGGAAUAUCUGGAGGUGGUCAACGCUAUUGAUACCCAGAAUGCUAUUAUAAAAGAGCUCAAGGCAAAAUCCACUCGAUUGAUGUUCAAGAAGUGCAAGACUUAUGGAGACAAGAAAGAAUACAAACGACUUAGGGUCUGCCAGGAGCGGGAGGAGAUCCAUUUGAAGGUCUUAGUCAAUAGAGCCAUGCACCUCCAAAACUUCGGUUCACCUAGGCGCUACAGAGAUGUAGAAAUGGAAGUUACAGAGGACGAGCAGAGAUUCUUCUUCACUGAAUUGCAGUCGACAUUCUCAGGCUCUUGUCCCAUAUAUUCGACUGACGAAUAUGAGUCAGAUUCUGAAUCCGAUGAUGCACUAUGUUGUACCUAGUCCAAAAAUGGGUUUUCGGUAUAUUGACGGGACAAAGUUGAGGUAACGAAUGAAUGAGUACUGAAUUAUGAAUGUACUAAAACUAAAUGUCAAAAUGUUGGCAUUUACACACGCCACUCUUGGUACCACUGAAGCCCCAUUUCUACGACACUUUGCACUCGAAGAUGGAUAGUUAAAAAAAAAUAGCAGGGAACGUGGCAAUCAGCCAUUAAUUUACUGCUCAUCAUCUGCACGUCUUCGGCUGUCAGCUCAUUGGUCAUUUCAUUCAAUUGGAGAAUUCAAUAAAAUACAACUAAUAAAAUAAGUAAA